CUGUCAAAAGAAAAGGUGGAAAAUUCUCUAAAAACAACACGGGAAAAUCCUCGGAAAAUCGUGCCUCCCCCGCAACGGAACUGCUGGUACUGUGGGUGCUGCUGGUGGUGGAAGUGGUUGUCCUCGUCACCGUCGCAGUAUUUGUUUUGUGUCGUCGUUUGACCUAGCAGCAGCACGCGUGGUGCCGUAAGCGGAUCGCAAAAUGUUUUGCAACGACGACGCUCAGUGACCCCAGCUACCACCUCCCCCGCUGCGUGUGCAUCCGUUCAGCCCCGCUGCAGUGAUCCGCAUCGAUCGUGAAGUUCGAUCAGCUUCUGGAGAAGAAGAGGGGGCCUGGCUUGCAACGCCCGCAAUCCUCUCGGACGAUCGAACCCUUGGUGUGCUGCUGGUGCGUUUGUGUGUACACGGGCGAUCAGUGGCCGUAUUCCUUAUCGUCUGCUACCGUACUCCCUUCCCUCGGGAGCCCCCUUUGCAAAAGGGCAGCCAUCGGCGACGAUUGAUUGCGCGAUUAGCCCUGGUCUAGGCUUUAGAAGCCUCGGCACAGACUGCUAUCGUUUCGUUGGAGUAGCAGCAGCAGCCUAGCAAAAUCAUGGGAAACAAUCACAGUAGCAACGGGAGACCGCAGGGCUCCAGUGGCUCAAGCAGCCCAAAAUCGAAGGCGGCAACGGAUCAAGAGAAGCAGCCUCAAAACCCAGCAACCAACGCUCCAGGUGUCCGUGGCAUGACCCGGACGGCCAGCGGUGCGGACAUUCAGGACCGUUCGCAAACCCAGUUCCAGCCGGUUGAUAAGCUCGGGCGGAUCCUGGCGAAAAAGUGCGAAGAGAUGCAUGGCAUCCAUCAUGGCAUUACGGGGGACAUUUUCGCGCGCUACGUUUUUCCAAAAUAUCCAGACCUGGGACUCAAGCUGUUUCGCUAUCUGCGCUACAUGAGCCACGCCAAAACGGAACAUCUGGGCCUGGUGGCGUUCCGGCAGCAGUGUGAAAAGUUUCUAGGCCUGCUAGAUGAUUCCGUCAUCCUUGAAACACACGUACGGAUGUUUGGUGAUCUAGUGAGCGAGACUGAACUGAUCAAACCGGAAAAUCUGAAGAGUUUGCUGCGCACCUGCUACAAUCUUGCGAUGGCGCACUAUUCAGAUGGACCGCAGACGUGUCGACUGCUGAACCGUACGCUCGAUUCCGUGGUGCAAUCGUGCUUCUUCUCGAAGGAAUCGCUCAGUCCGGGCUACAUUUGCCGCUGGCUGGAGAACAAUGUGCCCCGGUUGGUGCCACCGAUACAUAAGUACUGUGUGCACGCGCUAAGCACCUCCCACCGGACGAUCAUUGACAGCAGUAUGGCCAGCAACAGCGAAACGGUCGUCUCGGUGAGCGCCAUUAACGCCGGUGAAGCCAGCUAUGGACUCGAGCUGCAAACACCGAUCCUCGAGAAGGUGAACCCGUUCGCGAAGGAGCCGGUUACGGCCGGAACAGCAGCAGGCAAACAGCUGACAAAUGAAGAGCGAGAACGAUUGAAAAACCAACAACCGUUGCUGCCACUGUCGGAAGCCUGGCUGCUGGCUGGUUCGCUACCGCCACUCUACAGUAAACCGCAAUCGAUCCCGGCACCGGUCAACUCGAAUUCAUCCAACCUGACCUCUCAUAUAUUCCUUGCCAAACUGCUGUCGCUAGUGCCCUCACACUGGACAUCGUUGUACGACUCGCGGCUCGAUGGAGCCGGUACGAACCGUUUCCUGCACCAUGUGCUCGGUUAUCGUGGCCCAAACCUGAUUCUAUUUCGCUGCGAAGACGAUCUGCUGUUCUGCGUGGCGAAUCCGAACGAGUGGCGCGAAACGCAUCUGUACACCGGCGACGAGGGUAGCUGCUGCUUACAGUUGCUUCCAAAAUUCCAGAUGCUGGAAAAGAAACCGAAAAGUCUCUACCUGAACACGCACAUACGUGGCUAUCCGAAAGGGCUGCGUGCCGGUUCGGAUCCCCGCAAACCGAUCCUUAUCGUGGAUGAGCACUUCGAGCGGCUCGAGUACCGGGCACUGCAGCACCGCAUCCUGUCGAUCGAGGUGUGGGGUUGCGGUAACCAGCAGCAGCGCGACGUGCAGCUUGACAUCAAGAAAUGGCAGGUGAAGGAGGCGGAACGGCAACGCACGGUCAAGAUGACUGCCGCCGAUUGGAUGGAUCAUCCGGAUCGCUAUCUGCUCGAGCUCGGUGGCCGUCCGAAUUAUAACAAUUCAACUAAGUAGUUCCCGUAAGCUCUAACUGAAACACCCCACUUAGUCUAAUGCCGAAGCGGUUAUGUACUUGAGCGCUAGGAAGUAUUAUCCAACCGUUGCUUCUGCAAAAUAGGAUGCGACGUUGGAAUACGGUUGGUUUUCGUAACGGUAACGAGUCUGGUACUUAGUUCAAUUCGCUUCGUGCAAAUACUACGCGCUUCGUGUGAAAUCCUGUUGUGCCUUGGGCCGCGAGGCGUAAAGGGUAGAGAGAGUGUGGGUGCUAGUGAGGUAGUAGAUUUCAGUUCCAUUCGCAUUAGGUUUCAACAAAAAGGUGUGAUAUUUUAUAGAAUGAAAAGCAAACCAGCACCCAAACUAUGGAUACUUAAGAAGAGCGUUCAUCGUAAGUUAUCGUAUACGGUUGCGACCGCGUGCUAGCAAAAGGAUAUGGUUUUAAAUCAUAAUAAACGAAGGGCCUUCCACUAGUGGGGCCACAUGAUUUAA